AUGGCACUUCCCCUCAAGUCCAUGGACUUCCUUGUUACCCGUCAUGACGUUGCUAAUGACAAGCCAUGUUACAUUGACAAGCUAUCUAACGACAUACUUGUAGACGAAGUUUUUAAAUACCUGGAUGCAUUUGACAUCUUACGCCUACGACAGGUCAGCAGGCUGUAUUAUUAUCUCACUCAUCACUCCGCCAUCUGGAAACGACUGUUACGAACUAUCGACGUCCCCAUCCCCCCUUUCCCUCCUUCUGCAAACUAUUCACUCGAAAAACUCACCGGCUUUGAGGUCGAGCGCGCAGUCGUGCGUGCGGUAUCGCUUGAACGGGACUGGAAAAAGGAAAAACCCGCGUACCGAAUGUGGUGGAGUUUCUGCGCCCACCACGAAGUCCUCUCCAUGGUCAUGUUACCAGGAGGGCGUUAUCUCAUCGCUUCUGUGUCCGACAAGAAGCGGACGCGCUACUCAAUCGUGCUCUUCGCCAUGGACUCCGUGCUAGCAGGAGCCUUUGCCUUGGCAAAGACGAAUACAAUUACCGAAGCUUACAAUCUUCAGGCAAGAUACAUGACUAUUCAAGGCGAGCGCGGCAUAGUUAUCUCUUACGUUCGCAAACGCUGCAAAAAGAGGACAAAGAAAAGUGCCAGUUCAUCUGAGCACGGUGUUGACAAAGAAGAGCCUUCAAUCAAAUAUCAUGAAUGUAUCUCACUUCAUGUCCAGCUCUCCUCACUUGAUAUUCUCGUAGACAGCCGGCUUGAACCUGGCUCAGAAGAAUUCAUCGAGUUUGCCAAAGCUCAGCCUCCCCCUUUCCAGAUGCUCGCCAUGGUUCGCGCGAGUGCUCCCUUGGGCGUGCCCUCCCUCGAUAAUAUUUUUGGAUCGCCGUACCUGGCGAUCCCUCAGGGCAACAACAAAAUCGUCUUCAAGAACCUGAAUGGCGGCGCGGGGUCCACGUUGAACUGCGGACCUACUGCUGUUGCCCCCAUCGAGAAACAUACCAUACUUGCCAUCCGCCUCGUCCCCGCAGGAAACAAAAUUCUUGUGGCACGCAGGAUCUGCCCGGACAAUGCGGAGCCUCUGCUCAGCGUCGAAUACUUCAAUGUCAUCAUUUCGGGUAAAGUCUCAACCGAGGUCCAUCAGUUCAAUACGGACCAGAUGUUCUCCUUCGAUGCGAACGCAGAGAUCGCCCAGAUAUCUGACCACGGCAUCCCCCCGAGGGAGGACGACAGCGUCAUGGGUGACCUGUACGACUGCCCGGAGGUAUGCACGCCCCGCCCUAUCUCGGUCUAUUUCACCCUGAAGAGCGGACCGAUCCUGCUACGCUUGACACUCUUUCCCAAACGCAAAACAGACGCACCUCCGGCGUCAUCCCCAAAGGGCUCCCCCACCAGUCCCACAUCGCCCACACAAACACUCUCACACGCACGCACGUACGGUGCAUACAAGUACCCUCUGCCAGAACUCCGGAUCUUGUCGUAUCUAUCCUGGGAUUGCCAUGGCAUGGAAGUGCGCGUCCUGCCCGGGUCUUACCGUGCCAUCGCGUACCUCGUAAAAAAGGGCAAAGAUGGCGACGUCCCAUCUGUCAGUCAUUGCUUCCGGUACUACGACCCAGCAAGCCGCUCAGCAGACGCAGCAGCGAAUGUAGACGAGUUGGACGCCGCAGCAGUAGAGGCGGUGGUGAACGGCCUGCAGCCGCCCAAGAGGGAAAUCGUCAAGCAAUUCCGUAUCCCGCGCCGGGCCUUGAAGUCGGUCAGGGCGCUCGCAUGGGACGAGAACAUUGGCCGGCUGUGUAUCGCAAGCGGAGAUGGUACCUGCAUUCAAGUCUUUGAUUUUGCACAUGCGUCGACAGUGGAGCAUACAGACGAGGGUAUCGAACGCUGGCCUGUCCCUGUACAUCUGGACCCGAAUCCCGAUGCGAUCCUAACUCCUCGUCCGAUGCUUCCAACCAAGACGGGCUUGGGAGAGUAA